AUGGUCCUAAUCGAUGAGAAAUCCAAGCUCUGUGCUCACGGCUUCAGUUUCCGCAACUGGCCCGGCCCAGGUGAGGAAGCCGCCGCGAGCUUCGGUCUCUCUCACGCCGUCAUCGUUCCUCCAAAUGUGCGAACAAUCAUUGUCGGUGGGCAAGUAGGCAUCGCCGACGAUGGCAGUGUGCCAGAAGACCUCGCUACAGAGGUGCGCGAAGCGUUCGAGCACGUGGGUCGAGCGUUGCAGGCCGCUGGGCUCGGCGAGGAUGCGUGGGAAUACGUGUACAGGAUAACGACGUUUGAGGUUUCGACGCCAGGCUUGUUGGAUGUUGUCUUGUCCACAGCUGCGGAGUAUUUAAAGGACACGAGGCCGACGUGGACGGGAAUAGGUGUUGCGGGACUUGUGCAUCCGGCGCUGCAUAUUGAGAUAACGGUGGAGGCGUAUCUCCCAGAGACUGCGCAGCACAGGCUUUGA